AUGACAAAACCAAAAGAUCUCGACAUUGAAUAUCUAGAAAGACAUUUGCAUUUAGGAAAUCUGUCUGGAAAUGUGUCUGGUUUUAUCUUUGUUCGUUCCGUUCUAAAUAACCUGUAUAACUUUGUUGCAUUUAGGGAAUCGGCCUGGCUAUAUUUCUUGACAUCUGCUAAGAUGGAUCACAUUGAGCUAAGACAUAUACUUCUAUUUACCUUUGGAAUCCUUGGACUUCUUUUUCAGAUUGUUGGCUAUUUGGAUCCACUGAGCACUAUUAGGAAAAUGGUGCAUGCAAAAUCAACAACUGCUGUAACUGGGUUGCCUGCUAUUUUUAGCCUUUUAAGCAGUCUUCUUUAUGCAUGGUAUGGGACUCCUCUUGUCUCUUCCAAUAACCUUUUGGUGUGUCUUACCAACGGCAUUGGAGCAGCCGUUUACUUGACAUUUGUAGUUGUAUAUAUAGUUUACUCUACAAAUGUCGAGAGGGUGAGGACGGUUUCCACAUUAGUCCUCACCAUCAUGACUUGGUUGACAAUAGCACUUCCUUCUCUAUUUAUUUCUGAUAACAAGGAGAAGAAAUUAUUCUGCGGUUCUUUUGCUGCUAUCGGCUCUGCAAUCGCAGCUGCCACCCCUUUUAGCAUCUUAAGGACUGUGGUGAUGACACGGGAUGCUGGGCAACUAUCAUCUUUUUCAACAAUAUUCACAAUGCUUUCUACCUUAGCCUGGUCAGCUUACGGUUUCAUGCAUGUUGAUCCUUUUGUCAUUAUUCCCAACCUCUACGGUUGCGGUGUUUCUAUUAUUCAGCUCCUCCUCAUACGGUUGUAUCCUACUGAAGGGCAUGAGACUGAUACUGAGAUGAUUGGACACGACAUGUAUUUGAUAGAUCCAGAACUUGAGGAUGGCGAGGACUUGCAUGUUAUAGAUAUUGACGAGUCCAUGCAGCCUGCUGGUGAGUUUGAGGAACAAUAUGACAUUAUUGAGCAGCACGAGCAGACUAUUAGUGAGAUCGAGAUUGUUGAAGAACUUGAACAGAUUGUUACAGACAAUGAAGAGCCGGAGAAGAAUAUUGGAGAAAUCCAACCAGCAGGGACCUGA